AUGAACGACAGCUACUACGCGGGCAGCAGUUGCCACGGCAGCGUCCGCAGCAGCGACUACCAGAGCAGCGUCACGUCGCCUGCGUCCGCCCGCCACGCGCUCUUGUCGCGGUCGUUCGUCCACGCACUGGUCACAGAUCACGACCUGUUUACCACAGCGACGAGCGUCGUCCCGCACCUCCAAGCGGUCGUGAAACACCGCAACGAUCGAGGCCAUAGCAGUAGCAUGUGGCAGCGACCGGUGCUCGAUCGACAGCAGCAGCCGCCGCCGCCACCGCCGUGUUGGGUCGUCCGGAAGCAGCAGCACAAGCAGCAGCAGCUGUACCAGAGCGGUGAGAUCACUGAGUUCGACCGCGCCACACUUCCGUCCAUGCGGAUCGUCGACAGCGCCUUCUGGCACCGCAUGACGCUCAACUGCCGCUUGGAAGAAGCUAUGGACAUGUUGUUUGGCCGCGAAGCCCAUCAGUUUGACGCCAGUAUGGCGGCGCUCUUUGGCGCGAGGAAGUACCGGAGCGGGGACCGAUUGGUCGCCCGCGAGUUCCACGGGCGCGCACCGUCUUCGAACUGGGAAGACGACGCCGGGCUGGCCGACCACGUGCAGCCAGGAUGGGUGGCCCUGCAGUCGGUGGUGCUGCGCCCCCGUCGGUCCCUCAACCCCGUGACAGCCGCGAAACGGACGAGUCGACGCCAACGACUGUGCUUUGCAGCGUACGCGCAGCACUGUCCCGACACGAACGAAGCGUUUUACACCAUGAAGACGUUGCCCAAGUCGACACAGGCGCAAGUCACGCACUGGGAUCGCGACCAGCAGCAGUCGGCCGAACAGGCCCUGCGAGGCGAUACCGACCACAUUGCUGCCGGGUACCACCUCACGAGCUUGUACAGCGACCUCAGUGGCCACCAGACGCGGAUCGUCAUGACGGCUUACGUCUGCCAUUCACCAGGCGGAUUGGCAGCGACGGACGGGCUGCGCGCCCGCUCGAAACUCUGGCCAAGGAGCUGCCAAGCGUCGCACUCGGGCUCGAGUCAUCGACAGUACUCGCCCCCAAUAGCGAAUGCUGAAGCAAAGUACGUGGUCAAGCUGCUGGCAAACGCGACAACAUCGUUCGAACAGCUCGUGCGGCGGCGGCGGUUCGGGAACCAGUCGUUCCUGCACACACCGACAAAGCAUGGCGCAGACGGUGACGACAAUUGCAAGGUCUGUCGGAAAGCGUUUGGCCUGCUCCGUCCUCAGCGCUUUUGUCAGCUCUGUGCCCAGUGCGUCUGUCGCGAGUGCUCGCACAAGUUUGACGUCGAGCCAAUGGCGCGAAGAGUGCGUCGCACUCGGAUAUGUUACCCGUGUGCAGCCAACGUGGACGCCAGUGUGUUCCAGCCGGAGAAUCCGCUCUUGCACGCCUCGUUUUCCACCUAUUCUGCUCUCGUAGCACCUGCAGCUCGAAGAAGCCGAGAACACCGACAAGACGAGGUCGACAAUGCCGCGCGCACGAAACGAUCUCCUACCGUCUGCGACCGCAUACUGAAACGUGACGACGUCAGGCGCCACAGCCGCUCCUCCGCUCAACACACGGCAGAUGCAACCGCAUCACCUCAAGCUGCAUGCCAUCGCACGUCGACGCACCGACAAGCUCACGGCCAUAGUGCAAUGACCACCUCGGCAUCGUGCUCGUCGACCCCUGGACGACAAUUGGCCGACGCUUUGUUUUCCAGUAACCCAUUGAUCCGAGCGCGAGCGCUUCAAGUCGUUCGUCAAGUGGUGAAGCACGUGACGGCGGGCCCGGCGCCAGCGAGCUCAACGUCUGCGUCGUCAUCGUCGCCGUCAUCAGAGACGUCGUCAAUGCCGGUGAAGCAUCCGCGGUAUCCAGACCGAAACGUCGUGGACAAGUACCUCGAAGCGCGUUUGCGUCUGUCCAGCAUCGCUCGCUGUGGCGAUCCGACUGCUACCGAAGAACGCAGCACGAGCAUCGAGCGAGAUGGGUCGGGCACUGUUGCUAUUGCCGCUGAGGACCACCACCGUCCACGACGCCGUUUGACGAGCGGACAGUGCUGCACGCCGUCCACGAAAUGCGACGCGAGACCGCCUGUCACGCCACGAGCACAGACACCACCACCACCACACGCGGCGAUGAAACAAAGCAUCUGCGAAUUGGAUCUGGACGACGAAGUCGACUCGGCAGCGCUCGACUCGAUCUGCGACAUUGCAGCUGUGCGGAUGCGGUGCGCUACUGCGUUCAUUGUUGCCGUCCACCAAACCCACGGGGCCCAAGCGCAGCGCAUCGUCGGGGCGUCCAGCGCUCCACGUCCACAGUAUAUCGACGAUGCGAUCGUGUGCCCCUUGUCCCUGAUGGCCAAUGGCAAACCCUUCAUGAUCACCGAUCCCGUGCGCGACGCGGCCCUGCGCAACCUGCGACUUGUGCGGGAUCUCGGCGUCCGCUUCUUUGCCGGGUUCCCCAUCAAAGCGCCGGACGGCGACGUCGUCGCUUGUCUGUGCACAGUGGACGCGCGUGUCCGCGAGACGAUGUCGCUCCAAGACUUUCGAGCCAUGCGCGCCCUGUCGAAGCUCGCGUCGGAUCUCUUCGAAGAAGAGGUGAACCCAUAUACACUUCGCUAG